UCGCAAACAUGACCAUGACCGACUCGAGCCAGCGCCGGUUCCGUGGAUGCGCUGCCAUUGAUGACUUUGACAUUGUCCAAAAGCUGGGUGAGGGUACCUUUGGUGUCGUUUCCAAGGCCCGCUCAAAACGUACUGGCGCCAUUGUCGCUCUCAAANAGAUCUUGAUACACAACGAANAGGAUGGCUUCCCCAUCACUGCCCUGCGCGAGAUCAAGCUGCUCAAGAUGCUGUCUCAUGCGAACGUCCUGACCCUCCAGGAGAUGGCUAAGCGCGCUACACUCUACAUGGUCUGUCCAUACAUGGACCAUGAUCUUUCGGGAAUGACUACCAACCCCGAUAUCUCCUUCACCGAGGCUCAGAUCAAAUGCUACAUGCUACAACUGCUCGAAGGCUUGCGUUAUCUGCAUGACAGCCACAUCUUGCACCGCGAUAUGAAGGCUGCAAACAUUCUUAUCAACAACCGUGGUUUACUCCAGAUUGCCGACUUUGGUCUCGCUCGUCACUACGAUGGCCCUGUGCCUCAGCCCGGCCGAGGUAAUGGUGAAGCAGUGCGCGAUUAUACCACCCUCGUUGUGACACGAUGGUACCGUCCUCCAGAGCUUCUCUUGCAGCUAAGACGAUACACUCCGGCCAUAGACAUGUGGGGCGCUGNNGAGAUGUUCGAGGGACGACCANUCCUCGAGGGCAAAUCCGAUCUCAACCAGGCACAGAUCAUUUUCGAGCUAGUUGGUUCCCCGAACGAGGAAAACAUGCCAGGCUGGUCGCAACUUCCUGGUUGUGAGGGCGUCAAGGAAUUUGAACCUCAACGUGGUUCUCUUCGUCAGAGGUUCCGCAACUUGCAUCCAGAAGCUCAGAAUCUGCUCGCAGAAUUGCUGAAGCUGGACUGGCACAAAAGAAUUAAUGCCUGGGACGCCCUCCAACAUCCCUACUUCAAGACUCACCCACUCCCUUCCCGACCCGAGGACCUACCACGUUUCGAAGAGUCACACGAGCUCGACCGCAGAAAGCACCACGAGAAGCGUGCUGCCAUGCCUCCUGCUCCAGCUGGUGGAACUGUUGGCAUGGGCCCUGACGAGGCCUGGGGUGCCGGUGGUGGUCGUAACUAUGGUCCUCCAAAUGGUUACUCUGGCUACGACCGCAGAGGUCCGCCUCGCGACCAACGGGCUCCUCCCCCAAGAGCUUACGACUCGCGCCCUCCUUCACACGAUACCCCUCCACUAGCAAGAAGACCAGCAUGGCAAAAUGGAUCCGACUCGCGCAGGCCGUUGGCACCACCGCAUGCAAACGGUUCGUCACAUCUGCCUCCACCUCCUCCAGACAAUCGUCUCCCACCUCGGCCUUCGCUGCCUCCACCAGACGGCCGUCUCCCACCCCGCCCUCCGCCUGUGAACGCAAGGGGUGGGCCGAACAUCGAUACAUACAUUCCAAGUUAUUCUGCUGCGCGCCGAGACGACGCUGCACCACCGAAUGGCAGGCGGAACUCCCGUGAUCAUGGAUAUCCUCGAGAUCGCCCUCCACCAAAUGGAAGAGACCGAGAUCGCAGGACUCGUAGCAGGAGUCCGGAUCGUGAGCGUCGUGAGAGGUUGCAAGACAGAGAGCGUGAGCUAUACAAUCGCCGC